AUGCGUGGGACUGGCAAUGCCGAGGUCUCAGGUGUAACAACUGCCACCACUGUGGCUCGAACUGAACCGAUCGGGAGCACACCACACUCUGAAUUACUCGGCCAGGACAAGGAAGCGAUGCCACAUGCUCAUGAUGUGGAUUCUAAUACUGACAGCAGCUUGACCAGCUCACUGGGCUACCUCGAUAUCAACCUUGACAAGGGAAGGUCAAAGUAUAUCGGCCAGGAACACUGGCAUACGGUGUUGUCGGAAAUUUCAGAGGUCAAGGCCUACUUCGCCAACCACAAGGAGAUCGAUAACAGCCGCGAAAGGGUCAGUAUGUCUACACCGACAAGUGCCAGAGAAGGACUCACGUUACUUCUCGGUGUCGUGCCUCCCGCUACCGAUGUCGAACUACGAGCUGAGUUGCCUCCAAUGUCGACUGUCCUCACCUUAUGCUCGCGAUACUUCAAUUCACCGGAUAAUCUUGUCGUCAUUGUCCACCCCCCGACAUUUCACCAGCAACUGCAACGUCACUGGGAAGAUCCGUCCAAAACACCUAUCAUGUGGUUAGGCUUGCUUUACUCAAUCCUGUGUCUAGGGAUGCUGAGUUAUCACAAGCUCGGGGAUGAACCUAGCCAAUGGGAAGGACAAACUUUAAGGAUGGCGGGCGAGUACCGGUUACGGAUCGUGCAGUGUUUGAUCACAGGUGAUUAUACGAAGCCGGUUGAGAACACAGUAGAGACAAUGCUACUCUAUGUCUUUGGGGAGUAUUCGUGGCGAUUUGAUGUCGAUUUGGGGCUCUGGUUGAUCGUCUCAUUGACCACCAAGAUCGCCUUUCACAUGGGCUAUCAUCGUGAUGCUAAGUGGUUCACAUCAUUGACACCUUUCCAGGGCGAAAUGAGACGACGGACGUGGGCUUUGCUGAGAAUGGCCGAUGUGAUGUUUGCUCAUCAGGUUUCAUUACCUCACACAAUUUACAGUCACCACUGCGAUACACAGGCGCCCACCAAUCUUCUCGAUGAAGACUUUGGUCCGGAAAGUCCGACUCUGCCUCCGUCUCGCCCAAACAAUGAACUUACUCCGAUUGCAUACUCGAUUGCAAAGGUGAAAUUAUGCCAAGAAAUGAGCGACAUCCUGGAGACAAUAAACCGCGUUGGUGGUCAGAUUCAGUACGAAGAAAUCCUGCGCUUUGAUACCCGACUUCGUGGGAUCUUCCAGACGUUUCCCCCGCACCUGAAGGUAGUGCCACUGGAAGGCUGCCGCGAUUCAAUUACGGUGGUUAUGAUGAGGUUCAGCAUUAACGCGCUUUACCUCAAGAUCAUUUGCCUAUUGCAUAAGAAAUACGUGCCUCGCGCACGGGAAAACCCACAAUACGCGUAUUCGCGCCGAAGCGCUGUCACGGCUGCAUCAGAUACGCUACGAAACCUAAUAAAUCUGCAUCAGAAAUCAAAUGAUACUGAUGGUCCUCGAUCCCUUGAAUGGUUUGUAAAUUCAAUGGCCACGAAAGAAUUUCUAGUAUGCGCCAUGCUUGUGGCGCUAGACCUCCAUUAUGAUUGCAUGGCGGAGGUUAGCAACGAUGAAAAGGUACGGGAAACUGCGCUUUUUUGGACAUCUGAACAAAGGAUGGAGAUGUUGAGCAACCUCGAAAUGACCAAAGAUCUCUGGAAAGGACUGGCCGACAGUUCAAUUGAAGCACUCCAGGCAUCAAAAGUGCUUGAGAUCAUGCUGGAAAAGAUCAAGAGUCCUGCAUCCACACCGGAAACUGCGGAGGAGACCAGAAGCGCGGAGAAUAGUCAUUUAUCGGGCGUCAACACUUGUCCAACCGAACCACCGGAUCAUUCGAGUGCAAUGAUGCAAAGUCCACUGCCAAUGGGCAUGAUGGCAAGUACAGAAGCAAACCACGCGGCGCAGACUUCAGGCGCUCUGGACAACAUGUACUUCAGCAGCAAUUUGCCCGGCUCAAACAUGAUACCAAAUCUUACUGAGGCCCACGAGGACCUCAACAUGAUGGGGUCUUCGCUUCAAAUGUUUCCAAAUCUCAUGGCUGAUGAAUUUGCCGAGAACUUUGAUUGGAACACCUUUGAAAACUACGCACACGCAAACUGGGGCGGUAGCAACACAUUCUAG